GGCUAAUGUUGACGCCACUCCUAGGGGAGUCCCCUCCUUGCAGCCUCCGUCUCCAUGCCGACUGCAUUCUAGAGAGUGUUGACAAGAUGAGUGUAAGAACAUACAAUCCUUCUGUGAGAGUAGGCAACUGGAAUGAGGAUCUCUGUUUGGAGGAGGACCUGCUCAAGGACUUUCUAGACAAGAAAGACAAAGGAGAGCUCUUAAUUCAGAAAGCUACCGGUCUAUUGGAGACAAUUCUGAAAGAGGUGAGGCUGUCCAGGCCCAGUGAUGGUUACCUGCACAUUGGAGAUGUAGUGUGCCUACUACACAAGCCCACUAGUAGCCUGCUAUCUGUCAAUAUGUCUGCAGCUAGGGCCUAUGAUGCCAGGCAGUUACUGUCAGGUUGUGGAGUGUCCUCAUCAAGGAAUCUACAACCAUGCACUAGGAACGUGUUUGUCAUUGGAAGUUAUGAUGACCCAGCGGCUAAGACAGGUGAUGUGGUGUGCUAUGAGCAACCUAUCAUUCUAACAACACUACCCAAUGAGGGAGGUCAGUUAAGUCUGGAGACUGAUCGAGCCACCUUCAUGCAACACUCCAAGUACACACGUGAGCAAGAACUGACUGUGAGGGACGAGCUCUCUUACAAGUCUGCUUGGCGUCUCCUGUGCUUCAGUCCGGAGGAGAGACUAGAGACUGGAGGGACUCCAGUAUCUGUCAACACUCUCCUUUUUGUCAACCAUUGCAAGACAAACCAACACCUUUGUCUGCACACUGAUUGGUUACACAGGACACCAUUUGGUCGGGAAUAUGAGGUAACUGCCUCCUCUAAGUUCAACACACACAAAGCAGAGGAUCUUCACAACCAUUUCAUGAUCGUGACUGGAGAUCCACGAGAACAUAUCGCUCAUGACGAUAAGUAGAUGAACACUUAACAUUUGAAUGUGAUAAUUCCACAACAUUAAUUUUAAUUGUUAAUUGUAAACUAAUUGUAAACUGUAGUGUUCAGCAUAACAUUUCAUUGAGCAUAAGAGAUAGAGUUUUGAGAAA